AUGUUGCGGGCUGAAGCUCCAGUAAAAAGGCUCCAGCUUCCCAAGUACCACGCAACAGGGUCUAAAACGAAUUCUCCACGAUGUGUGAAAAAGACGAGUGACAACGAACUUCCUCCCAUCACUUUUCUUGCCACAAAACCACGAAGAAAAAUCGAGGGGGAGUACUUCACCUUCACGUUUUCGGACACGAAGAGAUUGUCGUGUAUUCUCUCUUUAGAGGAAAAUAUCACUAACUCCCUUGAGAGUGUCAUCACUCAUCCCGAUAAAAAUAAGUCAAUGGAAGAAAUCGCUGAGACACAAAUAGUCGAAAGAAGUGUCUCCGAGACUGCACUCGAGAGUGACGAGGAACAACACAUAGUAAAGUCAUACACUAAAAAUAAGCUUCGAAUUCAAUCAAUGGAUAAGUCUAGGUAUUUCAGAACGUUAAAAGUACAACAGAAGGCGUGUGUUGACCCCAAUAUCCUCAAAAGAAAAGAGUUGUUAAAAGGACUGAAACAAGUUCAAACACUCGCUGUCAGAGAAAAUACAGUGAAGUAUAGUAACAAUCAAAAAUUCCAAGCAUUUGUCAAAGAGAUUCACGACUAUUGUAACAUCAAUCGAUUUUUCACUUAUGAAGUGAAAGACACAGAAAUCAAACUUUCUUCAUUUGGAUGUGUUCCUCAAACAUUUGUCGUAGUGUUUAAAGAAGAUGCCAAUUACUCAAAUUGGGGAUUCCCAAAACCACUGUAUGUAGAUGGGACAGAAGUGUGUGACAACGUCUUGUUUGAGACUAUGAAGAAGCAGCCAUCAGUUGAAACUUUACUUAAAGAACUUUUCAGAAUAGCGUGUGGUGUCAUCACUGGCUAUAUGACUAUGUAA